UGCAGACCAGAAUCUGUAGAAGCUAGCCCUGUGGUAGUUGAAAAAUCGAACAGUUAUCCGCACCAGUUGUAUACCAGCAGCUCGCAUUCACACAGUUACAUUGGUUUGCCCUAUGCAGACCAUAACUAUGGUGCUCGGCCUCCUCCAACGCCUCCAGCUUCUCCUCCUCCAUCAGUGCUUAUAAGCAAGAAUGAAGUAGGCAUAUUUACCACUCCCAACUUUGAUGAAACCUCCAGUGCUACUACCAUCAGUACGUCAGAGGAUGGAAGCUAUGGAACUGAUAUUACCAGAUGCAUUUGUGGCUUUACACAUGAUGAUGGAUAUAUGAUCUGUUGUGACAAAUGCAGUGUCUGGCAGCACAUUGACUGCAUGGGGAUUGACAGGCAGCAUAUUCCUGACAUAUAUCUGUGUGAACGUUGUCAACCAAGGAGCUUAGAUAAAGAAAGGGCAGUGCUGUUGCAACGAAGGAAAAGAGAAAAUAUGUCAGAUGGGGAUACCAGCGCAACAGAGAGUGGUGAUGAGGUUCCUGUGGAACUGUAUACUGCUUUUCAACAUACACCAACGACAAUUACUUUAACUGCUACAAGAGUUACAAAAGUCAAUGAUAAGAAAAGGAAAAAAAGUGGAGAGAAAGAACAGAGCAUAGCAAAAUGUAAAAAAGCAUUUCGAGAAGGAUCCAGGAAAUCUUCACGAGUAAAGGGCUCAGCUCCAGAGAUUGAUCCUACUGACAGUUCGAACUUUGGAUGGGAAACUAAAAUCAAGGCAUGGAUGGAUCGUUAUGAAGAAGCAAAUAAUAACCAGUACAGUGAGGGUGUCCAGAGGGAGGCACAAAAAAUAGCUCUGAGAUUAGGCAAUGGAAAUGACAAAAAAGAAGUCAGCACCAGCAAUCUGAUUUUCAAACCUCCAGUAGAGAGUUACGUGCAAAAAAACAAGAAAAUUUUAAAAGCUGCCAAAGACUUGCCUCCUGAUGCACUUAUUAUUGAAUACAGAGGAAAGUUCAUGCUGAGAGAACAGUUUGAAGCUAAUGGAUAUUUCUUUAAAAGGCCAUACCCAUUUGUUUUGUUUUAUUCCAAAUUCUAUGGGCUAGAAAUGUGUGUUGAUGCAAGGACUUUUGGAAAUGAAGCUCGAUUCAUCAGGCGUUCAUGUACGCCAAAUGCGGAGGUGAGGCAUGUAAUUGAAGAUGGAACAAUUCAUCUUUAUAUUUACUCCAUCCAUAACAUUCCAAAGGGAGCAGAGAUUACUAUAGCAUUUGAUUUUGAUUAUGGAAAUUGUAAAUACAAAGUGGAUUGUGCUUGCCUCAAAGAAAAUCCUGAAUGUCCAGUUCUCAGACGUUCUGAGCCUACAGAAAACAUCAAUACUGGAUAUGAAACCAGAAGGAAAAAGGGAAAGAAAGAGAAAGAUGUUUCAAGAGAAAAGGAGACUCAAAAUCAGAACAUCACAUUGGACUGUGAAGGAGCAGCCGCCAAAAUGAAAAUCGCCGAUAAACAGAGGAAGCUCUCUCCCCUCAGGCUGUCCAUUUCUAAUAAUCAGGAGCCAGAUUUUAUUGAUGAUAUAGAAGAAAAAACUCCCAUUAGCAAUGAAGUAGAAAUGGAAUCAGAGGAACAGAUUGCAGAAAGGAAAAGGAAGAUGACAAGAGAAGAACGGAAAAUGGAAGCUAUCCUGCAAGCUUUUGCCAGACUAGAAAAAAGAGAAAAAAGAAGAGAACAGGCUUUGGAAAGAAUCAGCACAGCAAAAACUGAGGUUAAAUCAGAAUGCAAGGAAGCACAGAUUCUCAAUGACACUGAAUUUAUCCAGGAACCAGCAAAAGAAGAAACUGCCACCAAGCCUACCCCAGCCAAAGUUAAUAGAGCUAAACAGAGAAAAAGCUUCUCACGAAGUAGAACUCAUAUUGGACAGCAACGUAGACGACACAGAACUGUCAGCAUGUGUUCAGAUAUCCAGCCAUCUUCUCCUGAUGUGGAAGUAACUUCACAACAUAAUGAAACUGAGAAUGCUGCACUGGUAGCUGAGCCUGAAACAGAAACUGUUGUUACAGAAAUGGUUACUGAAACGGAAGCUCCAGCACUUAAUAAAUGCCCUACUAAGUAUCCUAAAACAAAGAAG